GGGGAGCUAAUAUUUUUGAAGGCCUGUAUGUUUCAGGCACCAGGCUAGAUGAUUUACUUCUAACAGCUGAUUAUGAUUGAAUUUCUUUGGACUGGGUCAUUUAGAAACCACCUCAAGUAAUUCUACUGUGAGCAUGUGUCACAGUAGGAUUCUACUGUGUAUCCAUGACUGAGAAUUUCUGACAUACAAAACCCCAUUAAAUCUUGCAAAAAUAUUCCAAAAUAGGUGAUAUGUUUAUUUUACAGUAAGGAAAUUGAUGCCCACGGACAUUAACUAACUUUCCCAAGAGCACUCAUCUUGUAAAGCCAAGUUUUUUGCCACUUUACCAAAAUGACAGGUUCCUUGAACAGAGGAGACAAUCACUCUCAUCAAAUUAAGGGAGAUACUAAACCGAAAAGCAAGAAAGACUGAAGAUUCCUACUUAAUAAUCAAAUCCCCUUGGUUGACCUUGCUAUCCCCCGUGAAACUUUUCCAGCCAUGUCAGUCCUUGUUUGUUGAUCUCCUCACUUUAUUUCUAUUACAUGAGUAACUGGCUAAUUUUGAUGGUGUUCAUACUUAUCCUUACCAUAUAUUUGCUCCUACAUUUGUCAAGUCCUGCUUGUACAUUUCCUAGUUGCCAACCUGGUGUCACAGCGGGCAAAUCAUGGGAAGAGCCCUGGUUUUGGAGCCAGACCACCUGAAUUGGCCUCCCGCAUGGACUUAGCUGUGUGGCAAUGAGACAAGGCAUUUUAUUCUUUGAAUUUCAGUUUUGUAAGCAUAAAAAGGGGAAAAAUAAAACCCAGAGUUUAGUAAGGUUUAGAAACGCUACACUCAGCAAGUCAUAGCUAAGUCACCGUCACCAACGGUAGUCAAGUGUGUGGUGCAGCAGGAAACAUUUGGAGUCGACUCCUUUACGGAACUCAAAUGCCCUCACAUUUAGGGAGAAAUAGAAAGAAUUACGACUCAUGAAAUCGAGCUGGGGCUGGCACUUCUGACCCUCCCAACAGGUUUCCAGAAAGCUAUUUACACACGAUGCAUUCGCCAAACCACUGGAAAUCAUUCUACCCUAUACUUUUUUCCACCCUGCCUCACGUCCUUGCCCUAUGACCGGGUUCCUACCCCAACCUCUGCCCCAACACUUAGGGGAGGAGUUGCGGGCCUCUUUUUACAGUGGAUAGGAUUCCGAAGGGGAGAGUAAAUCAGUAAGGCUCCACCCAUUUCACAGGAGGCCUAGAGACCGGCGCUCCCCUUUCCCCUCCCGCCGGACCUGCCAGGAGGUGGGCUGGCGCGGAGGGAGGGCCCUGUCCCCUGUCCCUUUAAGGAGGAGGGCCAAACGCCGGCCUAGAGUGCGGCGUAGCCCCCACCCGCCGUGCCCUCACCCCAGAGCAGCUGCAGCCUCAGCCGGCCGCCCCUCCGCCAGCCAAGUCCGCCGCUCUGACCCCCGGCAGCAAGUCGCCACCAUGGUGAAGAUCGUGACAGUUAAGACCCAGGCGUACCCGGACCAGAAGCCGGGCACGAGCGGGCUGCGGAAGCGGGUGAAGGUGUUCCAGAGCAGCGCCAACUACGCGGAGAACUUCAUCCAGAGUAUCAUCUCCACCGUGGAGCCGGCGCAGCGGCAGGAGGCCACGCUGGUGGUGGGCGGGGACGGCCGGUUCUACAUGAAGGAGGCCGUCCAGCUCAUCGCUCGCAUCGCUGCCGCCAACGGGAUCGGUCGCUUGGUUAUUGGACAGAAUGGAAUCCUCUCCACCCCUGCUGUAUCUUGCAUCAUUAGAAAAAUCAAAGCCAUUGGUGGGAUCAUUCUGACAGCCAGUCACAACCCAGGGGGCCCCAAUGGAGAUUUUGGAAUCAAAUUCAAUAUUUCUAAUGGAGGUCCUGCUCCAGAAGCAAUAACUGAUAAAAUUUUCCAAAUCAGCAAGACAAUUGAAGAAUAUGCAGUUUGCCCUGACCUGAAAGUAGACCUUGGUGUUCUGGGAAAGCAGCAGUUUGACUUGGAAAAUAAGUUCAAACCCUUCACAGUGGAAAUUGUGGAUUCGGUAGAAGCUUAUGCUACAAUGCUGAGAAGCAUCUUUGAUUUCAGUGCACUGAAAGAACUACUUUCUGGGCCAAACCGACUGAAGAUCCGUAUUGAUGCUAUGCAUGGAGUUGUGGGACCGUAUGUAAAGAAGAUCCUCUGUGAAGAACUCGGUGCCCCUGCGAACUCGGCAGUUAACUGCGUUCCUCUGGAGGACUUUGGAGGCCACCACCCUGACCCCAACCUCACCUAUGCAGCUGACCUGGUGGAGACCAUGAAGUCAGGAGAGCAUGAUUUUGGGGCUGCCUUUGAUGGAGAUGGGGAUCGAAACAUGAUUCUGGGCAAGCAUGGGUUCUUUGUGAACCCUUCAGACUCUGUGGCUGUCAUUGCUGCCAACAUCUUCAGCAUUCCGUAUUUCCAGCAGACUGGGGUCCGCGGCUUUGCACGGAGCAUGCCCACGAGUGGUGCUCUGGACCGGGUGGCUAAUGCUACAAAGAUUGCUUUGUAUGAGACCCCAACUGGCUGGAAGUUUUUUGGGAAUUUGAUGGACGCGAGCAAACUGUCCCUUUGUGGGGAAGAGAGCUUCGGGACCGGUUCUGACCACAUCCGUGAGAAAGAUGGACUGUGGGCUGUCCUUGCCUGGCUCUCCAUCCUAGCCACCCGCAAGCAGAGUGUGGAGGACAUUCUCAAAGAUCAUUGGCAAAAGUAUGGCCGGAAUUUCUUCACCAGGUAUGAUUACGAGGAGGUGGAAGCUGAGGGCGCAAACAAAAUGAUGAAGGACUUGGAGGCCCUGAUGUUUGAUCGCUCCUUUGUGGGGAAGCAGUUCUCAGCAAAUGACAAAGUUUACACUGUGGAGAAGGCCGAUAACUUUGAAUACAGCGACCCAGUGGAUGGAAGCAUUUCAAGAAAUCAGGGCUUGCGGCUCAUUUUCACAGAUGGUUCUCGAAUCAUCUUCCGACUGAGCGGCACUGGGAGUGCCGGGGCCACCAUUCGGCUGUACAUUGAUAGCUAUGAGAAGGACAUUGCCAAGAUUAACCAGGACCCCCAGGUCAUGUUGGCCCCCCUUAUUUCCGUUGCUCUGAAAGUGUCCCAACUGCAGGAGAGGACGGGACGCACUGCACCCACUGUCAUCACCUAAGAAGAGAGGCCUGAUGUGGUACGUCCCUCCACCCCCGGACCCAUCCAAGUCAUCUGAUUGAAGAGCAUGACAGAAACAAAAUGUAUUCACCAAGCAUUUUAGGAUUUGACUUUUUCACUAACCAGUUGACGAGCAGUGCAUUUACAAGGCACUGCCAAACAAGAUGCCCUUGGGAGCUGUGAGGGAAAGAGGACCUGCGGGCUUAGAUCAAUCUCAAUUCCUUUUCAUGCCCCCCUGCAUUGCUGCUGUGUGGGUAUUUGUCUCCUUAGCCAUCAGGUACAGUUUACACUACAAUGUAAGCUACAGGUGGAGCAUCAGCAGUGAGUGAGGCCAUUCUUCAUCCUUAGGAUGUGGCAAUGAAAUGAUGGUGCAAGUUCCUUUCUCUUUUGUGAAUCUUUCCCCCCAUUUCCUGUUUACAUGUAACCCGAUAAAAUGCAAUUUCUGGUGCCUUCUGUCCAAUCAGUUCUUUCCUCUGAGUGAGACGUACUUGGCUACAGAUUUCUGCCUUGUUUUGCGACAUUGUCCCAUUCACACAGAUAUUUUGGGAUAAUAAAGGAAAAUAAGCUACAA